AUGGACAAGCAGCAGGUGGCAGCCGCGAUCGAAGAGGUCAAGAACAAGGCGGAGCUCGUGACGGUCGAGGAGCAGGAAGAGUUCCUGCGCGUGCUGAAGCAGCUCAACCUUGUCACGCAGGAGCAGGCGGAACAGCGCAUCAAGAAGCAGAACGAUGACUACAAGUUCUGGAAGACGCAGCCCGUGCCUGCCAUUUCGGAGCACCCCACGGAACACGGUGCAAUUGACGCGCCCAAGACUGUCGAGGAUGUCCGCAAGACGCCGCUCAACAUGCCUGCCGGUUUCGUCUGGUGCGACCUUGACUUGACCAACGAGGUCGAGCUCAAGGAGCUCUACGAUCUCUUGUACCAAAACUACGUCGAAGACGACGACAACAUGUUCCGCUUUGACUACUCGAUGGAGUUCCUCAAGUGGGUCCUCCUCUCGCCGGGCUUCCACAAGGACUGGCACGUCGGUGUCCGCAACGAGAAGACUGGCAAGCUCAUGGCUUUCAUCGGCGGCUUCCCCACCAAGAUCCGCGCCUACGAGAAUGUGAUGCCGAUGGCCGAGAUCAACUACCUGUGCGUGCACAAGAAGCUUCGCGCCAAGCGCCUCGCGCCCGUGCUCAUCAAGGAGAUCACGCGCCGCGUCAACCUGCGCAACAUCUGGCAGGCCAUCUACACGGCCGGCGUCGUUUUGCCGAUGCCCGUCUCGAGCUGCCGCUACUUCCACCGGUCGCUGCACCCGAAGAAGCUCAUCGACGUUGGCUUCUCGCAUCUUGCACCCAACUCGACCAUGGCUCGCACGAUCAAGCAGCUCAAGCUCCCCGAUGCGACGUCGACGCCGAACCUCGUGCCCAUGGCGCCACGCCAUGUCGCGGGCGUCACGGCGCUACUCCGCACGUACCUCGCCAAGUUUGAGCUCGUCGCCGACAUGAACGAGCACGAGGUAGCCCACUGGCUCCUCCCGCGCGCUGGUGUCGUCAGCUCGUAUGUUGUCGAAGACCCGGCCACGCACAAGGUCACGGACCUUGCGAGCUUUUACCACCUCCCAUCCACGAUCAUCGGCAACAAGACGUACAAGACGCUCAACGCGGCGUACUCGUACUACAACGUCGCGACGACCGUGCCGCUCGUGAAGCUUAUGGAGGACCUCCUCAUCCUCGCCAAGGAGCAGGAACAGGACGUCUUCAACGCGCUCAACCUCAUGGAGAACACGGAGUUUCUCGAAGAGCUCAAGUUUGGCAUUGGCAGCGGCGAGCUCCAGUACUACCUCUUCAACUGGCGUUGCCCGCGCAUGCCCCACGGCAAGGUCGGCAUCGUGCUCCAGUAG